ACUCAGGACCUCCGGGCCGAGCCACGAGCGCAGCCCCCCAGCCCCGGGGACGCCCCGAUCGCCCAGCCUCUCCGGCGAUGGUGGACUCUGAGCUCCAGAAGCCCCCCGGGAGGACAUGGACCACGCCGCCCUUCGACCCGCGCUUCCCCAACCAGAACCAGACCCGCAACUGCUACCAGAAUUUUUUGGACUACUACCGCUGCCUCAAGUCCAUGGACCGGCGCGGCAAGAGCCCGGAGCCCUGUCUCUACUACUACCGGGUGUUCCGCGCGCUGUGCCCCCGCAGCUGGGUGCAGCGCUGGACUGAGCAGAUCCAGGAGGGCACCUUCGCGGGCAAAAUCUGAGCCGGUCCCCCCAGCGCCCUCUUCCCCGCAGCCCUGACACUCCACUCUCCAAGCUGCAAAUACAGUUGUAUCC